CAGUCAGAACACAGGGAGGCUUGGGAACGGCUCUCGUCCUUUGUCCUCCAGUAUAAAUAUAGCUGGAAUACCCUCAGGCUGGAGAAAGGUGUCCUAGGGCCUUUGGUGGAAGAGGCAGCCUGAGUCUCUGAGUUCUGGAGUAAGAGGAAAAGCAGGAGUUCUACUUGUUAGUAGUACCUGCUCCAGGAUGUUACUGAGAGUCAUUGUCAUCCUGUUGGGCUGGAAUGCCCUGGUGGUCAGUGACCGGGUGUACGUGCACCCUUUCUACCUCAUUAACUAUAACCAAAGUAGCUGCAAUGAGCUGAAGAUAAUGGAGGCAGAGACCACCAAGGAGCAGACCUUCACCCUUGUCCCAAUUCAGGCCAAGACAUCACCUUUGGAUGAGGUGGCCCUGAAAGACCAGCUAGUAUCUUCUGCCCAGAAACUAGAUGCAGAGAACAAGAAGAGGUUAACUGGUGUGGGGACGCUGCUGAACAUUGUGGGCUUCCAAAUGUAUAAGAUGCUGAGGGAGACGGCAACCCCAGCCAAUGGGGCAAUUCUCUUAUCCCCUCUUGGCCUCUUUGGGACUCUCACUUCAUUCUUCUUGGGUUCUGUGGACCCCACAGCAACUAAACUCCAGACAUUUCUGGGUGUCUCUGAAGAAGACCAGAACUGUCCCUCCCGAUUAGAUGGGCACAAGGUUCUCUCUGCCUUGAAGGAUAUCCAGGGCCUCCUUUUAGCCAAAGAAGAGAAGGGCAGCUCCAGUCUGCUCCUGACCACAGUGGUGGGCCUAUUCACCUCCCCUAACCUACGUCUGAAGCAGGCAUUUGAACAGGGCUUGGAUUCCUUUGCCAGCAUCACCUAUCUCCGCUCCCUGGAUUUGGCCACAAACCCAGACCUUGCUGCAGAGAAAAUCAACAGGUUCGUUGGGGCUGUCACAGGAUGGUCAAGGAAGAUGCAGCUGACUGGAAUCAGCCCAGAUACCACACUGCUCUUCACUACUUACAUGCACUUCCAAGGAGCAAUAAAGGGAAUCUCUCAGCUGGCAGAGCCCCAGGUGUUCUGGAUAAACAACACCACCAGGAUAUCUGUGCCAAUGCUUUCAGGGACGGGCAUCUUCCUAUACUGUAAUGACAUCAAAAACAACUUCUCUGUGAUUCAAGUGCCAUUUAAUGAAAAUGCCUUCCUCCUUCUGAUUAAGCCUCAAAAUGAUGACCUAGAGAAAAUUGAGGAUGUUGCUUUUGACUAUGAAUAUUCCAGUUGGAUGAAAAAUCUGUCCCCUCGGAAGAUCCACUUGACUAUGCCAAAGCUGGUACAAGAGAGUACCUAUGACGUACAGCACCUGCUUACCUACAACAAACUGCCUGAAUUGCUUGGAAAGGAGGCAAAACUGAGCAAAAUAAGUGAUACAAACCUUAAAGUUGGAAAGGUGAUGAAUACAGUUCUUUUUGAACUGAAAGAGAGUCAGAGACCUCAAGAAGAUCUUUUGCAAAAGCACAGUCAAGCCGUUCCCCUGGAAAUGAAACUGGACAGUCCGUUCCUGUUUGCUGUCUAUGAGCAAGAAACAAAAGCCUUCUUUUUCUUAAGUCGUGUGACAAACCCACUGAGUGGUGUUUGAGACCCCAGGACCCCACGGUCCCCAUGACAGAGAAGGGUAAAUUAGAGAAUAACCCUAAGCUUCUGUAAGAUUUAAAACUGUUAUUCCCCUGCCUUCUUCAGGGCUCUGUCAAGCUACUGCCAAUAACUCAGAACAGAAGCAGAUGGCACAAACACUAAAUUGUCACCAAUUUCCACUUUUUCUUCUAAUUAUUCAACUGUGAGAUAGUGGGAAAACCUUUCUCCUUAGUAAAUAGGAUAAUUAGUAGCAUGAACUUGUGAUGGCAUAAAUAAGCUUCAACGAGAUUCCUUUUUAAAAUCCAGCGAGUGCCAUGGAGCUGUUGGUUUUAGUGAGAAUUUGAGAAUUGUGUUAGGAAACUGAAAAAAAAAAGAUUCAUUUUUAGUAGAGAAGAAAAUUUUGGUCUUAGAAUUAAAAUAGAAUUGCUUGCUGCCUGUAUUCAGACCCAUCUCAUUUAACAUUUGUGAAAGUUACUAAUAUGUGGUCUGAACAAAAGGCUCUUUAUUUUAAAAUAAAAGUUGGGAUAGGUAUUUGUGCUAGAAAAUCAGGGGGAAAUCCAUGAAUGCAUGCAUGCAUGCAAACACAAUGCCACUGGUGAUUUUAUUUUAUGCUACUAAUAAAUAAGCUUUGCUUUAUUCAAAAUAAAAGCUUCACCUUUCACUUAAUAGCAGCCCAGAUAAACAAUGGGCUAGCAGGGUGUCUUGUUACAUAUGUAUGCAUAAACAAAGGUGCUCUAUAGACUAUGAAACAUAUUUUGUAUGGAAUAUCUGUGGAUGGCCUGUCUCUGGUACCUAACCAGUCUCCAGGAACCAUUUUCAGGAUUGUAUGACUUAAUCCCCUUCCAUGUUUAGACAGUAAUGGCUGACAUAAAGCUGAGUUUGUGUUUGUGGGAAGUAUUUCGUUUCACAUUGUACUGGAAAAACGAAAAAGGAAUGAGAUUUCAGGAGCCAUGACGGAGCAAGGUCUAUUUAUUGGACAGUCAGGUGGUGGGAGCAUUGACAUUUAAAGACUGUUACCUGUAUUUCAUAUGGGAGAUGUUACUACCGAUACAUAGCACAAGAUGGGAGGACAAAGCAUUCACAAAUAAAUAUUUACAAGAUGC